AUGGGUCUGCAGGAGGAAUUUGAGGAGUAUGCUGAGAAGGCAAAGACCUUGCCUGAGAACACAAGCAAUGAGAACAAGCUGAUCCUCUACGGACUCUACAAGCAAGCCACUGUUGGAAAUGUGAAUACUGAUCGGCCUGGCAUAUUCUACCAGAAGGACAGGGCCAAGUGGGAUGCAUGGAAGGCUGUUGAAGGUUCAUAUACUUAUCUGAUCGUUGUAUUUUGGGCAGCUUAUAUAUUUUUGUUGUUUACCACAAUACUAGUGUUCUACAUGGAUACAUCUAUUCUAGUAGUAUCACAAGAUAUUAUAGUAGUUGCUAAAACUUUUGAGAUCUUGGCAGGCAAAUCGAAAGAAGAAGCAAUGAGUGACUACAUCACCAAGGUGAAGCAGCUCCAGGAGGAGGCUGCCACUUCUUAA